AAAAUAAAAUUUCUUGAACAUUACCAAGAAGAGGCCCAACCGAAGAGCCAUCAGCCAUGGCGGUCGUCGUCCGUUGCUCCUCCCAACUCCGCCCCCUAACUCCGCCUCUUUCGACCGCCGCCCAUCUCCCUCCACCCAAUUUCCGCUUUCGACUUGGCAAUAUGGAUUCUAUUCCUUUGAAGGUAAAGAAGUUAAUUUCAUCAGUGGAAAACGCUGCUAAGGAAGAAUUUGAGGCUUAUCUAGCAUUGCUAGGCAGACAGGCUAUGCCUUUGGGAGUGGAUGAUGUGAAGACCUCAAUAUCAGAAGGAAAUUCUGUCGGCCCUACACAACUAGAUGAUGACAGCUCUCCAGGACACUUACUUGCUCAUCAGGUGAUGGUUCUUGGAAGAUUCCCAGCCUUCGCACUUUUCGUUGUUAAUGCCUUGAUGUUUAGCACACCGCUUGAGGCUCUGGCAGAAACAUUUGAGGCUGAUCAGUCUAUUUUCAACAUGCCAUUACUGCUAUUUGCAGCCUUUAUGGGGGCAACAGUUGGAGUAUUGCUUCCACAAUGGAAAAAAGAAAAUUUGAAGCAGCUGGAUGAGCAGUUGCGCCAGAUCAAGGCAGAUCUAAGAAGGCAAGCAAAGAUCAAGUCAUUAGCCCCCACUUUGAGAAACGCUCCCGCUGUUGGUAGAGUACCUGAAAAUGAAGUAAUUGCUGAUCCGAGGAAGCAUGAGUUGAUUUCUCAUUUGAAAUCCGGAGACGAUUUUUUGACGAAUCAGGAUCCUGAUAAGGCAUUUGUAGAGUUUGAGGCGGCUCUUAAACUCGCUCACAAUCUAUCGGAUCGAACCAAGAUGAAGAAGGCUGGUACAGGUUUAGGUGCCUCAUUGCAAAUGCAAGGAAAAUUUCACGAAGCUAUUCAAUGCUAUUUCGCGGUACUGGCAAGCUCAAAACAGGAGGCAAAAGUCCGAUCAAAAAGGAAACGGGAGGUUAAAGAUUCUGGGGAUACAGAAGCUUAUAGAGCAAUCGCGGAAUGUUACACUGAGCUUGGAGAAGUUGAUUUGGCCAAGGCUUUCUAUGAGAAGUAUAGUAAUUCACUAUAACAGGCGGAUUUAUUCGUUUAUCUACUCGGGUAGUUGUUUUCCUUGUUUGUUGUGUUGCGGGAUGAUUUUUUCCAUGUGUUGAUAAUAGCUUUGGUAUCAUUUUCAGUUUGACAAAUCUUUUUUGAAGGUUGCAAGUGUUUCCGGUGGCAAUCUUCUGCUUCUCUAAUUUUAUUUGGGUGCUGUUCCCGUGUUAUUUUUGUAUUCUAAACUCAUAUGUUCGGACCAGCGACUAGCUAACCAUGCUAGUAUUUCAUUUUUGCUAAUGGAACUAAGAAUGCUAGAA